AAACCCUCCAAUUUAAAAUAAUGCAGGACUUGUGAAAAAUCAUCUUCGCAGGCCGUGUCGGACCGCCUGAUGGCCUGCUUAUGGCCCACGGGCCGUAUGUUUGACACCCGGGCUGCAAAAUGAGAGUGAGGCCGGCCUCUCUGUCUCUGUCUUGCUCUCUCGCGCGCGCAGGUGGUCAAGUGGGGAUGACACGGCGAGGGCUCGGGGGAGGGGCUGCAUCGCCAUGGCAACGUGCGAAGAAGACGACAAGAAGAGGAAGAUGCGAACGUCUUUAAGCCUGUGAGCGCUUGCGCGUCUUCUUUUGUUGUUUGUUUGACUUUUGGAUUAUUUGCCGCCCUUUUGGGACUCUUGCCAUGGGGCUGAGUUUGCCAUAUGGAGUCGUCGCGGGCCUUGUGCAGUGAUGCAGGUGAGCGUUGGCCGAUGAAGAGGACGACGGUGACGAGGGCGAGGGUUCCUGCGGCGGCCAUGACACGGGCGGGCGGCGACAACGGCAGCUCGCCGCUGUGCAGCAUCGACGAGUCGUACAAGUACAUCUUCCUGCCCACCUGUUACUCGUUCACGUUCGUCUUCAGCCUAUCCCUCAACGCCGUGGUCCUGUUGCGCUCGUUCCGCCGCACCAAGCGCUGGAACGCGUCGCUCAUCUACAUGGUCAACCUGGCCUCCACCGACUUCAUGUACGGUCUCUCGCUGCCCUUCCUGGUGGCCAGCUACGUCAUGCGCGACCGCUGGGUCUUCGGGGACUUCAUGUGCCGCCUGGUGCGCUUCCUCUUCUACUUCAACCUCUACUGCUCCAUCUUCUUCCUCACCUGCAUCUCGGUGCACCGCUACCUGGGCAUCUGUCACCCCAUGCGGGUCAUCGCCCUGGAGACCAAGAAAGCCGUGAAGUGCACAUGUGUGCUGGUGUGGGCGGUGGUCUUCGCCCUCACCUGCCCCAUCUUCCGCUUCGCCCGCACGGCCCGCGCCGCCGGAGGCGUCGACAACUGUUGGGACGACGCCAUCGACAGAGAUUUCUCCGACUACGUGCCGUACGGGGUGGCCCUGCACAUGCUCGGCUUCUUCGUGCCCUUCUCCGUCAUCGCCUGGUGCUACUCACGAGUGGUACUCACCAUCUUCAAGACUCUGCCUUCUCGCCCUCGCGACGGAAGGGAGUUCGCCGCCGGCGUCUCCGUCUUCCUGGGCGCCGAUUCAACGUACGCCGGCCGCAGGCGCAAGUCCAUCCGCACCAUCGUCACCAUCACCCUACUCUUCGCUCUGUGCUUCUUUCCCUUCCAUGUGACCCGCACCGUCUUCCUGCUGCUCAAGGUGAGCAAGGGCGUCCCUUGCCAAACCAUGACCACCGUGUCGAUGUGCUACAAGAUCACGCGGCCCUUAGCGUCCUUCAACGCCUGGCUCAAUGCCCUCCUCUAUUUCCUCACCAAAGACAAGGGCGGAUGCUGCCCGCCGCCGGCCCCCGCCACCACCGGGCCACUGUUGCCUCUGAGGAUGCUGGCGAAAGGAGAUGAGCACGUACACCGGCAUGGCAAAAGUCCUUUACUGACCUAAUGGAAAGAAGGCAGCUUCUACGCUGACUGUCGUCUUCUUUGAAAUCCUGCCAACAGACUUGAUUUGAUUCAUAUUAAUCAUGUUCUAAUAAUCAAGAAAGAAUGGUUUCGGUGAAAUGGUUGAGUGACACACGAGAAUUAAAUAAAUGAUCAGAA